AUGGAUUUGCUUGAACGGGUGACGGCGGGAGAUACAGUGAUGUCCCCCGUGCGUCCUGGUGUAGAGCGCGUGGAGCAGCCACAGGUGGGCUCUCCUUCUGCGCCGUUUGAAGAGACUGAGGUGAGGUCUCUGAGCCUGGUUCGUUCUCCCCGUGAUGUGCUAGUGGAUGUGCGCAUUGCUCGUUUAAAGUACGAGAGGGAGAAGGAGGAGCGUGAGUUUCAGCUAAAGCGUGAGAUUGCGUUAAAGCGUAUUGAAGCGGAGGCUGUUACUGCUCGCAAAGUGGCCUUUAAAAAGAUAGAGGCUGACGCUGCGCUUAGGAUGCGGCAAUUGGAGUUGCAAUCAGCGGGUCGCAGUCCAGGUUCCUCGUCACCUGUGGUCAGUGCGCCUGAGUUUGACGUGACUCAAAAUAUCCCGCUUGUCCCAACUUUCCGUGUUGGUGCGCCCUCGUGUGGACGGACUGAUAACACCAAGGUUUACAUUGAGAAGCCAGAGUUAAUCACUUCUGUGUCCCCUCCACCCACAGAUAAGAAAGCUGGUCGCAAGUUCAGUCUGGCUGGACUUGUGUUAAGUUGCGGCAUACCUGGACCAAACAAACUGCUUGACGAGGUCUCUACCGAAAUCAGACAGUUUGACCCUGGUGUGUUUCGGUUUUUGUCCUUCAUGGGCAUGGCGUUGGCAAUGCUGCUGGCUCUGCAGCGCCUACGUUUUUUGUUGGGUCGCCUUGUGUCCCGUUGGGGGCUCGUCCGGGAUCAGUUCCCCAUCGAUGGGGUGGAGUUCAUCAUGGGGAAUGACCUUGCAGGUGGCAAAGUGUACCCCUCCCCUGAGGUUGUUACUCGCCCUAUCCUGAGCUCUGAUGUGGAUGAGCUGGCUGAGAAACACCCUGACGUGUUUUCUGUGAGCGUUCUGACCCGCGCUCUGUCUAAAAUGGCGAGAGAGCAAAGGUCUGCAGACCCAUUGGAGGAAGACUUGGAGGAGCCAUGUGUUGCCCGGCAGUGUGGUCGGCUGUCAAACUCUGAGUUUUUGUCCAGUUUAGGCACCAACCUGGCAUAUCUCAGCCAUGUUUAUUCUGCUAAAGCUGAAGGGGGCCUUGGAGGAGCCCUGAGAGGAGACCCUCAGGGGAGACCCUCAGAGGAGACCCUCAGAGGCCUGCAGGCCUGA